AUGGUUGAUCUACUGGGUUGUGUUCCAUCUACCGUUGGUAAUGAGAAUUCAUCAAAUCCAUAUGAAAACGUAGCUGACCAUUUCGUCAUCGACGGUGAGCAAUCGAAUAAGGUCAUGCAACUGUCGGAUGUUACUGAGGUUGGAAGUGAAGAGAUGUCUCUUGAUUACGAUUUAUCGGAUCAUAGUUGCCUUCAAGAAGAUGAAAUACCAAGAGUUGAAAUACGGUUUGCACAGUUGCAGAUGGCUCAUGAAUUCUAUGUUACAUACGUAAAGAAAGUAGAAUUUGCAACUAAGAUAAGGACGACAACAUGUGACAAGAUCACAAAAAAACCUGUUAACCAAGCUAUCCACUGUAAUCGCAAUGGGUUCCGCGGGUCUCGUGUCAAAGUACCAACACGGAAGAACAUGAUUUUAGCUCCUGGGUGCAAGGCAAGGAUAUAUGUGACGUUUGAUAAGGACAUCCAAGAGUGGGUUUUGUUCAAGGUUGAGUUGAGGUACUCGCACCCAUGUUCAGUGAGAAAGGUGGUGCACUUCCAUGAGUAUAGGGAGCUGACCAUGCAUGCGAAGUGCGUGAUCGAGGAUAAUGAUGAGGCUGAGAUUCGACCAAAUAAGAUAUUCCUAGCUUUGGCAAAUGAAGCUGGGGGCCUGUCUAACCUAGGAUUCUCAGAAAAGGAUUUAAGAAAUUAUAUUAUAGCAAGGCUCCGAUCCAGCAACGUGAAUGCGGAUGUCAGGGAGAUGAUGAACUACUUCAUGAGAAUGAAGGACAUCAAUCUGAACUUCUUCUACGCGGUGAAGUUAGAUGAGGGGUGUAAAUUUAGGAGUGUAGUAUGGGUGGAUGCAAGGCAUGGAUUACCGUUUAUGUUAUUUGUCAGUGUAAACCACCAUGGUAAGUCGACCCUCCUCGAUUGUGCUUUGCUGGGAAAUGAGGAAAUCACAAGUUAUGAGUGGGUUUUCAGCCAAUGGGUGAAGUACAUGGGAACUGCUCCACAGCGGAUCAUCACCGAUCAAUGCAGAUCCAUUUUCUGUGCGAUCAGAAAUGCGAUACCUGAUACACGCCACUGGUGGUACAUCUGGCACAUUACGAAGAAGUUAUCGCACAAGCUUGGAGGUUACCACCGGUACAGAGAGUUGUAUGAUGACCUCAAUGACAUUGUGUGGAACUCUCAGACUAAGGAGUCAUUUGAGGAUAACUGGUCAGAAUUUAUAGAUGAGUAUAACUUACAUAACAACACAUGGCUGUCAGUUUUCCAUUCGUAUAAAUUGUAUAAAGUACCUACCUAUUAUAUUCUCCCUCGAUUGAGCAAGAACAUAAAGUGCAAGCAUACGUAUGUCAAGAGUAGUCACGGCGUCAGUCGGUCGGAUGAGAGUCAUGUUGCAUUCAGAAAAUUAUGUGCACACUUCUACAAUGUUGCUCAAGAGUUCGUCGGUGACGACGACGUAACAGCAUUGCUGCAUACUGCUCUAAAAAAAAUGGCCAAGCUGGCUACGCACCGUGCCAAGAAGAGGUCUGAGAGCAUGGCGGAGACCCACACUAGCAUUGAUUCACAAAGUUCGAACGUUGUCGGUGUAGUCGACAUCCAAGACCCAUCGAAGGUCACCACAAAGGGCCGGUCAAAGAGUAAGAGGCUUGGCGUUGCCCUGGAGAAGUCCCUCAAGAAAUAUGCUCGAAAGAAAAACAAGAAUGUCUCCCUGUUACAUGUGGUUCGUUUGAAGGCAUCUCAAGAUAUAAAUUUCGGUGCUGUUGUCGGCCGGAAUGAUCCCCAAUAA